AUGGCUACUGACAAGGGACUCGAGGAUGUCCCCGAGGGUCAAAUCGAGUCCAACUACGAUGAGACUGUCGACUCUUUCGAUGAGAUGAACCUCAAGUCUGAGUUGCUUCGAGGCAUCUACGCUUAUGGCUUCGAGCGUCCGUCUGCUAUCCAGCAGCGCGCCAUCAUGCCCGUCAUCAAGGGCCAUGAUGUUAUCGCCCAGGCCCAGUCCGGUACCGGCAAAACCGCCACCUUCUCCAUCUCUGUCCUCCAGAAGAUCGACACCAACGUGAAGCAGUGCCAGGCUCUGAUUCUCGCUCCGACCCGUGAGCUGGCUCAGCAGAUCCAGAAGGUCGUUGUCGCCAUUGGCGACUUCAUGAACAUUGAGUGCCACGCCUGCAUUGGUGGAACCAGUGUUCGCGAUGACAUGAAGGCCCUUCAGGAAGGACCUCAGGUCGUCGUUGGAACUCCUGGCCGUGUCCAGGACAUGAUCCAGCGACGAUUCCUCAAGACCGAUGGCAUGAAGAUGUUCGUGCUCGACGAGGCCGACGAGAUGCUUUCUCGUGGUUUCACUGAGCAGAUCUAUGACAUCUUCCAGCUCCUGCCCCAAUCCACCCAGGUGGUUCUCCUCUCUGCUACUAUGCCCCAGGACGUUCUGGAGGUUACGACCAAGUUCAUGCGCGACCCCGUUCGUAUCCUCGUCAAGAAGGACGAGCUUACCCUGGAAGGUAUCAAGCAGUUCUACAUCGCUGUCGAGAAGGAGGAGUGGAAACUCGAUACCCUCUCUGACUUGUACGAGACGGUUACUAUCACCCAGGCCGUCAUCUUCUGCAACACCCGCAGAAAGGUUGACUGGCUCACCGAUAAGCUCACCGCUCGUGACUUCACCGUCUCUGCCAUGCACGGUGACAUGGACCAGGCUCAGCGUGACCUGAUUAUGAAGGAAUUCCGAUCCGGUUCGUCUCGUGUCCUGAUUGCCACUGACCUUCUGGCCCGUGGUAUCGAUGUCCAGCAGGUCUCGCUGGUCAUCAACUACGAUCUCCCCGCCAACCGGGAGAACUACAUCCACCGCAUUGGUCGUGGUGGUCGUUUCGGUCGUAAGGGAGUUGCCAUCAACUUCGUUACCGCCGAGGAUGUGCGCAUGAUGAGAGAGAUCGAGCAAUUCUACAGCACCCAGAUUGAGGAGAUGCCCAUGAACGUUGCCGAUCUGAUUUAG